AUGGAUCUUGAUAGAUUGAUAAUGCAUGCACAACAGAUUGAGGCAGAAAAGUUAAAAGAAAUAGAAACAGUAAAUAAGAAGGAUAGAACAUGGCAGUUUAAUUAUGGUCAAAACAGGUCUGGAGAAGGAAAUCAUUCGCAAUUUAAGAAUCAUUCAGCUAUGCCUGCACUUUCUUCAGCUUGUGCUCUUGCACCCAUAAAUAAAAAGGAACAAUGGAGUAAUUUUUCUAUGUCCAGAUCUCAGAAUAGUGUCAGUGGUAACGCUAACUGUGGUAAGACGCAUCUGAAUGAGUGUUUGUGGGGUCGAAAAGGUUGUUAUGGAUGUAGCCAGCCAGUUAAAAGAAUUAAAGAGUGCCCACAUGCUAGACAAGGAAAUAGGGAUGUUCGACCCCAGACUCUGGCUAAUAGUGAACCAGCUCCUCUAGGUAGCCUAGCUCCUCAUCAGGGCACAUCAAUAAGAAUAGGUGGCGGUCAGCGCCAGAAUCGGUUUUAUAUUUUACCAUCUUGUAAGAAGUAUAAGGAUUCACCAGAUGUCGUUACUGGUUCAGGUGGUCAGUUUCAGCAAUGUGAGUAA